UUCACUUCAUCCUCUCAACUUAUGAGCUGAGGUAGAGACUUCUUUCCUUCUUCUUUCUUUCAGAUUCUUUUAAAAAGCAGCAGAAAGAUUUGUUUGGACAGAUUUCUUGGACCAUUCUAGGCUAUUUUUUCAUCUUUCCUUCGCUUCUUAUUGUCCAGAUUUCCUCCUCCUCCUGCUCCGUUUGACCCGCAGCUAAGAAAAGCAAACAAUAAUGUCGACCAACGAGCGUUUUGACUGCCAUUACUGCAAAGACUCCCUGUUGGGGAAGAAGUACAUAAUGAAAGAGGACACGCAGUACUGCACUAAGUGCUAUGAGAACCUGUUCUCCAACUGCUGUGAGGGCUGCUCUUUAGCAAUUGGAUGUAACAGCAAGGACCUGUCCUACAAGGAUCGCCAUUGGCAUGAACAGUGUUUCAAAUGUGCAAAAUGCAGCCGCUCGCUGGUGGAAAAGGCCUUUGCAGCCAAGGAUGAUCUGUUGCUCUGCACUGAAUGCUAUGCCCAUGAUUACUCCUCCAAGUGCAACACCUGCAAGAAGACCAUCAUGCCAGGUUCCCGCAAAAUGGAAUACAAGGGGAACAGCUGGCAUGAGACCUGCUUCCUGUGCCACCGCUGCCAGCAGCCAAUAGGAACCAAGUCCUUCAUCCCUAAAGACACCGGCUACUUCUGUGUGCCCUGCUUUGAGAAGCAGUUUGCCUACCAGUGCAGCGCCUGUAAGAAGGCCAUCACAACAGGUGGAGUGACCUAUCAAGACAAGCCAUGGCACCGUGAGUGUUUCCUUUGUAUCGGCUGCAGAAAGCAGCUGUCAGGUCAGCGCUUCACCUCCAGGGAGAAUUACCCAUACUGCCUAGAGUGCUUCAGCAACCUGUAUGCAAAGAAGUGUGUGGGCUGCACCAAAGCAAUCACCAGUCUGGCAGGAGCCAAGUACAUCUCCUUUGAGGAGCGUCAGUGGCACAGCGAGUGUUUCACCUGCAUGCAGUGCUCCGUGUCGCUGGUGGGACGUGGCUUCCUCACCCAGCGUGACAACAUCUUGUGCACUGACUGCGGCAGGGAGAAGUGACCUUUCCAUGAAGGGGUCACAGGAACACCCAAGAGCUCUUAUUCUGAAAGAGAUAUGGGUUAUUCAUGAAUAUUUCUCCAUAGCAUGCCUGGUACAUAAACAAAUUGAAUGUCAAAUGCUUAUAAAUUACUGUUAAAAAUGCAUCUUUAAAGCAGAGAUAGUGGCGCCCACAGUUAUGUAAAAGGGGAGGGGGCAUGGUGAGGCUGAAUAAAAACAAUAAACUCAGUUCUGCACUGCUUACAAAGCAUGGCCAGUUCUGUGAAAGGGCAGCCCAAUGAAUGUGAUGCUGCUCCUGAUGAAUCCUCAUGAAAUGUCACAACAACUGAGACAAAGACAAGAACAUUUGACGAAUCAUACCUUGCCCUCUGCUUCACCUGUGCAAUAGUGGGUAAUGACGAGAGACCCCAGUGUGGUAUGUCUCAGAGUAUUAGCUUCAGACAGCAUGAACAAGUUGAAAUGCCUUGGAGACAUCA